AUGCCAGAUGGUGGUGAUGGCGAAGGCGAGAAUGAAACCAAGACCACAUCUCGAAUACCAAUGAAGAAAAGGAAAUACAGUAGAGGUGGAUGCAUGGAAUGCAAGCGACGCAAGAUCAAAUGCGACGAAGGCAAACCCUUUUGUUUCAACUGCACGAAGGUUAGAAAGGAGUGUACUUACAUGGCAAAGAAGUUUACCUUUGAGCCGGUGGAAGUGUCUAUAAAGAAGGAUGCAACCAUGAGUUAUACUAUGAGUGAAGACAAUAAUAAGCUACUACUGGAAUCACCAAAGACUCAAAGUCAAUUACCUCAGUUACAGCUUCAUUAUCAACACCAACCUGUAUCACUUCCUGUUGAACAUGGAGGUGGUGGUGGGAGGCCACUGCCUCCAGUACUUCCAUAUUCUAACGCGAAUACCCCCAACAAUCAGCAACAAAUGUACGGACAACCUCCUGUACCCCAACCUGUGUUACAGCAAGCUUCUAUAUCACAACCUGUGUUACAGCAAGCUUCUAUACCGCAACCUGCGUUACCACCACAUCCGAUUCCAAUUCUACCCCCAAGCGAUAAUGGACAAUUUUACCAAGCUCCAGGAUCAGGACCAAGACCUUCAUAUAUUCUCCAGAACAUCGCCCCACCACCUCCACAACAACAGCCACUGCAACUGCCUAUGCAGAACAUAUCACCCAAUUAUCCCAACCAAGUGGGUCCAUUCCCUCCUCCACUGAUGGAGCCCGGUGUUAGUCAGAUCUCGUUUUCCAGCUCUAUAGCGUUGCCUAUUCCGGACGUGGCCAUGGACCCCUUAUUCACCGAGGCUUUGGAAUUGGCUACAGACAUUGGUGACUUUCUACAUGAAGAGAGCUUUGUUCCGAGCUUACAGACGUUUGACUCCAACACUACGGUGACGUCGCUUUCUGUGGACUCCAUUGCUCAGAACUUGAAUAGCAACAACAGCCAGCCAAACAUCUUGAACGACCAAGGGCCAGUGGAUGCAACCUCAAACGUAAACGAAGCAAACAAUGUAAACGAAGGCGACCAAGGACUCGGUUCGAAUGUUCGAAUGGACGGGAACAAGUCUAGUGGUAAGAAGAAGCUGAAAAGCAUCAGAAUUGGGAACAAUGCGUUACGUGAGUUCAUUCAUCAACAUCAAAUUGCGUUCGUCGACUACAACAGUGAGCCAUAUGGCGUUUCAACGCAUGACGCCUUGGAUGAAGAUAUCCUCCACAAUUUGGAGACCUUCAAUGUCGAGCAGUUUGCUAAGGACGUCGUCGCUGACUACAGACUGAAGACCAGUGUUCCUAAGUAUGCCUGGCAUCCAGAUCUAUCUGUGCCCAAUGACUCUCUAAUCGAUGCCGUUGCCCAAGAUAACCCUUUAUUCGAGAAGCACUUGCCAUACUUAAAGAUCUUGACAAACACGCCCUUGUCGUAUCACUUAUAUCCGUUUGCAGAGUCUAUUGAGAGCAACGAAGUGCUGAAGAUUCUUUUGACCAAUCUGAAGCAUUCACCGUACUUAUUAGCAUCAUUAUUGGCCAUGUCAGCCACUUUCCAGUACAACCAAUCAGGAGCCAAGAUUCACGAGCAAUUAAGGUUCAAAUACGCCACCUUAUGCUUAAUCUUAUUGGGAGAUGCCUUCUCACAACAUAUAGCCAAAGAUAACACCACCAACUUUGAAGAAGCCGUCCCUAAAAUAGAAAACUUGGUUCUUACAGUACUUGUGCUAACGUCUAUAUUUACGGCCAUAGCAUAUUCGUCCAAAAGGAAAUUCCUAGAUCAUUGGAAGGUUCAUUUAAGAGGUGCAAAGGACUUGCUCGUAAAUUAUUUACGACUUUCAAAGACUAACAACAUCAAACGAGUUUCGUUUGGAAUGGCUUUGGCGCUUAUUUGGUUCACCUCUAUCGAAAUGAUAGCCAUAUUAACAGCAGAAACAGCUGGAGUCCUUCGGGAGGAAUCUCAAAUCAAUGACAUAUUCAAACUAGCAGGUGAUUUCAAUGGAACAAACACCAAAGACAUCCAUGAUGCGCUACAACGACUGAGAUUACUUUCCAAGACUCCGAAGGAAUUCAAUACUUAUUUCGGCCAUAGCAACGAUUCCUUUGAACUUAUUGCCGAUAUAUGUCGAGAGAGACUACGAAUAGUCGAUAACCAUGAGAUACUGUGUCGAAAGUUAACCCAGAUAUGUGCCCGUAUGGAUGCAGCACGAUCUACCCCAGUGAUACCUCUUUGCGACAUGGAGACAUUUAUUGUCCCCCCCGAGUCCCCUUUGCAUCCGCAGAAUAAAGAAAGCUCCACCUAUAACAUAUCAAUGGCAGCGUUUGGUGAAGAGGUUACAGGUGAAGGGAAGACCAUAUAUUAUUCGUGGUUUGAUUUAGUCGAACAACUACAUUUAGAUUAUGUGUUUUUUAAAGUGUUAACCAUGAGAAAAUUGAUGCAUCUUCCCAGAGUUCAUCCAUUAGUUCAAGAUAUGGUUCGGCUGGUUUUAAAGGCUACAUUCUUUAUCAAACGGAAGACGGACGAUUCGUACUUGCAGGACAAACAGUCUAAUAAUAUUUUACUUGAGACCGCAAGAUUCUACCUUCCGGCAACAUUAUUUGAUAUGCGGUGUAUCAUGGUCCAGUCACCUUUAAGAAUUGCCGGUAUAUGUUCUUUUGAUGAUGAACAAUUAGAACAAGUUGAAAUAUUUUUUAUGGGGUGCGUCAAAUUAGGUAAUGGAAGUUCAAUGAGUGCAUUGCAUGCUAUUAGCAAACACCGAGAGAAAUUAAAGUCUGUUAAAAGCCCACUGACUGCUUCAGAUGCUACUAGAAGUACUUAUUUGGAAGACGAUCUUAACGAAUACAUGGAAAUCGAUGGGAAGGAAGCAAUUGCUUUUGCUUAG